AUGUCUCAAUUAUUCAAUAACUCGCGCUCAGAUACCCUUUUCCUAGGAGGUGAAAAAAUAAGUGGUGAUGAUAUUCGUAAUCAAAAUGUUUUGGCUACUAUGGCUGUGGCGAACGUUGUCAAGUCAUCUUUAGGCCCUGUUGGACUGGAUAAAAUGCUUGUUGAUGACAUUGGUGACUUUACCGUUACUAACGAUGGUGCCACUAUUUUAUCUUUGCUAGAUGUUCAACAUCCAGCGGGAAAAAUUCUAGUGGAACUGGCCCAGCAACAGGAUAGAGAAAUUGGUGACGGUACUACUAGUGUUGUUAUUAUUGCUUCUGAGUUGUUGAAAAGAGCCAAUGAAUUGGUCAAAAAUAAGAUUCAUCCAACUACCAUCAUAACCGGUUUCAGGGUUGCAUUGAGAGAGGCUAUUCGUUUUAUAAAUGAAGUUCUUUCCACAAGUGUUGAUACUUUAGGGAAGGAGACUUUAAUUAAUAUUGCCAAAACCAGUAUGUCUUCCAAGAUCAUUGGUGCUGAUUCCGAUUUUUUCAGCAAUAUGGUUGUAGAUGCUCUUUUAGCUGUUAAGACACAAAAUUCCAAAGGAGAAAUCAAGUAUCCCGUAAAGGCUGUUAAUGUGUUGAAAGCUCAUGGUAAGUCUGCCACUGAAUCACUGUUGGUUCCAGGUUAUGCUUUGAAUUGUACAGUUGCUUCUCAAGCAAUGCCCACGCGUAUCGCCGGUGGCAAUGUUAAAAUUGCAUGUUUGGAUUUGAACUUGCAGAAAGCCCGUAUGGCAAUGGGCGUUCAAAUCAACAUUGACGAUCCUGAACAAUUAGAGCAAAUCCGUAAACGUGAAGCUGGUAUCGUUUUGGAAAGAGUAAAAAAGAUCAUUGACGCAGGUGCUCAAGUUGUGUUGACUACUAAAGGUAUUGAUGAUUUGUGCCUAAAAGAGUUCGUUGAAGCUAAAAUCAUGGGUGUGAGACGUUGUAAGAAGGAAGAUUUGAGAAGGAUUGCCCGUGCUACGGGUGCCACUUUGAUUGGUUCUAUGUCUAACUUGGAAGGUGAGGAAACCUUCGAAAGCAGUUAUUUGGGUCUUUGUGAUGAAGUCGUUCAAGCCAAAUUUUCCGACGAUGAGUGUAUCUUAAUCAAGGGUACUUCUAAACAUUCUUCUUCCUCGAUCAUUUUAAGAGGUGCCAACGAUUAUUCUUUGGACGAGAUGGAACGUUCUCUACAUGAUUCUCUUUCAGUUGUCAAGAGAACACUUGAAAGUGGAAAUGUCGUUCCCGGUGGCGGUUGUGUUGAAGCCGCCUUGAACAUCUACCUGGACAAUUUUGCCACUACUGUUGGUUCUCGUGAACAAUUAGCUAUUGCUGAGUUUGCAGCUGCAUUAUUGAUCAUUCCAAAAACUUUAGCUGUCAAUGCUGCCAAGGAUUCUAGUGAAUUAGUUGCGAAAUUAAGGUCUUACCAUGCUGCUAGUCAAAUGGCUAAACCAGAAGAUGUUAAGAGGAGAAGCUACAGAAAUUACGGUCUGGAUUUGAUUAGAGGUAAAAUUGUGGACGAGAUUCACGCUGGUGUUCUUGAGCCAACUAUAAGCAAAGUCAAAUCCUUGAAAUCAGCAUUGGAGGCCUGUGUAGCAAUUCUAAGAAUUGACACAAUGAUUACAGUGGAUCCAGAACCACCCAAAGAAGAUCCGCACGGUCAUUGA